AUGACCACAAGACGGCAAAGAGACCCAUCCCCCCAACUGUACGCAUCAACAAUAAGUGAUGCCAUAAAUAGGUAUUCGCUUAUAAGGACUGGGGAGCAUCAUAGUGGGAGUUUCGAACUGGAUCGAAAUGGCUCAGACGAAAAGGACGUCGCGAGUCAGAGCGAUUUGACAUUUCUCCAGGAUGACACAUCCGACGAAGAAGGAGAGUUACAAACGUACACCUCGAUAGUGCCUGGUGGGACGAAUGAAUCCAUACGGCGGAGGGCCACGAAAAGGGAAUUCUCCCCCUAUGGGUGGAGGGGAAAGAUCAAAGGCUCCCCGAAGGAAAUAUCCAUGGAUGUGCUCCUAAAUAAGAAGGCUGAACACGAAGCGGAGUGGACUAAACGUAUUUUUAAUAUCCUUCUGACCGCGGAGGAGGAAAAGAAAUCUAAGGACUACCAAGACGUCGUGAGAACAAUUGAGCGUGAAGAGAUAAAGGAGUUAUUGUUAUAUCAUUCUAAGGUAGUUCUGUCUGAAAUUAGAAAGAUAUAUAGAGUGUUAGGAGGUCUAGUGAAUGGUGGUGACUGGGUGGGAUGCAAAAGACCUUUGGAUGUUUCUCCUCGUGAAGAAGAACCAUUGCACAAGUUAAGAAGCAAAAAAGGGGGACCCAAUUUAAGGGUUAAGAAAUGGUACCUAUUGAAUCGGUACUAUAGGAGGCUGUGCAGGAUCUACGAGGAGGAGAAUUCUCUUUUGCGGAGGUUAUGCAUGGGUAGUCCCGUUGGUGACGCAAGUGAGGUUGAAGCGGGAUCGAAGGGGCACGACAAGAGAACCACGCAGAAUAUUUUGCGAAAAUGCGGAAUCACCUACGAAGCUAAAAUAGGGACAACUCUUCCGGUCCAGAUAAAAUCAAAAUGGAGAUGGAUACGAGGUGAACUAAGAAGAGGACGUAAGCCCCGAUUAAAUAAAAGAAGAGAUACUCGCAUUUUCCGUUUUGUUCCCCAUGUGGAAAGGGUGGAGAAGCAGCUGGACGGUGAAUCCCUCGCGGAUGAGAGAAGUGCACCCAAUGGAAGGACGCAAAACAGUCAGGUAGAAGCGCCAAAGAUUAGCACAUCGAAGUGUAACGUAUACGAGACGGAAGCGGAAGUGAGAAGCUCCAACGAAAUGGCUGUGCCAAAUGGUGCCACUGUUAACGACUGUCAUGAUGAUGCAGCGAUGGAGGUGGGGCUAAAAGAGGAAGAGGAGGAAUGCACCCAAGGGUUUACUCAAGAGGAAGAAAAAUCCAGUCGUCAAAAUGGUGCCCUUAUCGGGGGAGAAACAUCAGGAACGGGUGUGAAAGCGUCAAGUGGGGGAGCCACCCGUAUAGAUGUAACGGUGAACGAGCAGAGUGAGCAGACCGGUGAAGCACCCGUGGAAGAGCACCCCGGGAAGGGGCUCAACGAUGAGCUCGAAAAAAGGGAUAAUCAUCUCAGCGCAGAGAACAGUAAGUUGGAACAAAUGCACAGAUCACAUUUGGUUGAGUCCAAUAUGGACAAGAAAACUAAGUUAAAAAAAAAGAAAAAAGUAGCAGAAAGAACAGAGAAGGGAGAGAAGAAGAAGAAGAAAAAAAAAAAUUUAAAUGUCCAGCAGACAAAUGUAGUUACUGAGAAGGAAGAGGAGAUAGCAGGCGAUCACUCCCUGGCGGACAUCCUAGAUAAAGCCACAGAAAAGACGAACGAGGGGGUAAUUCUUUGUCAGGAGGUCUACCACGAUUGCACUCAUUAG